CUGGCUAACUCUCAGCUGUCCAUGUUUUUGUCGCCGUCAAUAAAGUGAGUUAAAGUUAGAACUAAGCAGAUAUAAGAGCCUUAGGGUUUUUUCCAUUACAAAUAAAUUGUUUUUAAGGUGGUUACGCUAGCUGGUCGAGAUAAAUGUGGUUUGGGAAACGCUAACUAUUCAUCCUCAAGUACUUUUGUGUUAGCUUGUCAAAUUGAAUAAGUUAGCUACUGUUAAUAUUAGACUGUUUGUAAAUAUGAUACCAACUGAGAGCCUUAAAAUUAUCUUACAAGUGUUUAAAGACGUCUUUCCUGUGCCCACGAGUGGGAUUCUGACAUUGGUCCUAUUAUCGUCUGUGCUGUUCGGUGUCCAAACAUGUUUGGACCUAACUCAAGGAGUCUUCAGUGUUGGUGCCAGUGUUUUUGUGAAUGGACACCUGCACAAGCUCUUCCUUUACCCGUUUUAUCACAGAACCUUCGUCCAGCUUCUACUGAAUAUCACAGCUCUGGUGUGUCUCAGUGGCAGUCUGGAGAAAGGUUUCGGCACUGUCCGUUUCCUCUUCUUGUCCAUCCUGCUGUCCACCACCACAGGCUUAACUUACGCCUUUCUGGAUAUUCUCCAGGAUGAGAGCGGUCAGACUGAAGGCCUGGUUUCUACAGCUCUGUCCUGUGUGGCUCUAACUACUAUGCAUACACGGAUGACUAAAGGAUUUCUGUGUGGAGUCAGUUUUCCCACCAUGGCUCUCCCGUGGGUGUUUCUGAUCAUCACAACCAUCCUUAUUCCCCACACUGUGCUCCCCUGUAAUAUCAUUGCCAUCCUGGUUGGCUGGAUGUAUGGUAAAGGAUGGUUUUCUGCCGUGGACAUGUCUGAAGCUAGGGCAUCUAUUGUGGAGAAGAUGAUGCCUUUCAGGUUGUUAAGGAGCAUCAGUGAUGUGAUGUUUGUCCCUGCUUCCACAGAAGAGAGGAGGAAGACACUUCUUCCACAGAUUAAUGCAACACCUGGGUCCUAUCCUGUGCAGGCUUAUGCUCCACUGUCCAACCUAAGCACUGGUGAUGAAGCAGCCAUGACGUACCAAGGCUGGCCGGACUAUACUGGUGCUCUGCCCAGUCCAACACCACCUCUCAAUCCUUAUGGACAUGGAUAUGCCUUAGCAUACAGCCAUGGGCCAACUCAAGGACACUAUGCAGCAGAACAUGCUGUUGGCACCAGCUCCAACCACUUUACUCAGUCAACUGUUGACUCUUGAUCGUCAUUUAUGUUACAUUUUAAACAUUCCAGCCAGAAAGAUCAUACUUUUUAAAAUAUUCCUAUUUUUCAGUGGUACAGCAAUGGCACAGGUAUGAACACGCUGGCACUGCUUUAGCCUCUUUUGUUUGAAGUUUGUCUGCCAGUUUAACUAUGUGACAUUUCUUUGAAUGUUCAAAUGUUUUGCAUUUUUUGUAUUUACAUGUGCCUUUUUUAUACGGAGUGUUUUGCACUAUUUGCUUCCUUUCAUACAUAUAAAUACUGUGUCUGUAGUAAAUACAGUAUCAGGACAAAGUAAUCAUUGCACUGUGCAUGUUCAAAUAAGGGGUGUAAAUAUGGUCAGCUAUCAACACAUUUCUGUUGUUUAAGCUGUACUCUAAUUAUAAACAAAAUAAACUCGAUUAUAAACAUAGAGAUUUAUCAACCAUGCCUUUGUCUACACUCUGAUUUUACUCUAACAGUCAAGACACAUCAGUAAUAGAGGAUUCAUAUUUUGUCCAACUGAGGAUGGGA